GGAGCGUUUUCGAUCCUCGAGGAACAGUCUGGUCUUUCGACCCCGCACGCAUCAUCAAAAUGAAACUCAUGUUGGGACUGUUGGGGCUGGUGUGUCUGAUGGCUGUGGCCCUCGGGGCUGGCCCCGAAGAUGAAGACCUCUUCACUGCUGAGUCUGCCAAUCGAGGAUUCGGCCAUGGAGGCUAUGGAGGCUAUGGAGGCUUUGGUGGCCUGGGGGGCUAUGGAGGUUACGGAGGUUACGGAGGCUACGGUGGCGGCUAUGGAGGCGGCUAUGGAGGCUAUGGAGGAGGAUUCGGACAUCAUCGUCCCCAUCACUUUGGCUGAACAUCUUGGGCUUUCUUCAAAUUUCUCAACUUCCCUAUCAGCCCUCUGCAAAUCCCAUUUCCGUCCAAGAAGUUUUUCAUUCAGCUCAUGCACAAGAGACAAACCAAAGAC